GAAUGCAGCUGAGAUAGGCUCCAGGACCCCCGCGACCACAAACGGGACAAGCGGUAGAUCCACAUUCACCCCAUUGAAUGCACAAGACAUAUUUUUCUGACCAUUACGAUAUUUUUUCCUCCAUACAAAAUAAAACAAAUAAAUGAAGUGGUUCGUUUGAAAAAUUAACAUUUAACAAAAACUGACUCGUUGCGUACAUUCAGUACAAUGGCAGUCCAGUGAAAGUGACUGAAAUUGGGCCGAUAAUUCUACGAUUUUUAAAAAAAUCUUACACCUUGUUCAUUUUCAUAUCAUUUUAAAUUUUCCUAUUAUGUGUGAUUUUUUUUGUAUUAAAAAAACCCCCAAAACCUUCAAUUAUUUCAACAUGUGAAGCUCCUGAGAAAAUAUAACGAGUGAAGGAAGUGACGUCACGUAGCCUCUGAGCAUGCCUAAAAUGCUCGAGUCCAUGUCCGCCAUCAAAGUAUCUUGAAAAUGUCUAAUUUGAAUAUUUAAACUGACAACCACGCCAAUAUUCACCGCUAAGCACCACUUCUUAAGGGACGACAUACAUCGCACGUGGCAUUUUAGCCUGUAAAUCUGCUCAAAAUCGGUCAUAUCCACGCCGCUGCUUCCAUUUGUGCUGUAAAGUCUCGAAGCUGUUGGCAGUAACUGAGUUGGAGAGCCCAUCUGUCACCGAUGUCCUCUCAAGCAGGCAUUACGGACACAACAAUGAUGGCGACUAACAAGUGGAGACUGAAACACGUCACGGGGGACCUGUUCUCGUGUCCCGCGGAUGAGGCUCUGGCCCACUGCAUCAGUGAGGACUGCCGCAUGGGGGCAGGCAUUGCACUGAUGUUCAAGCAGAAGUUCAGAGGAGUCGAAGAGCUAAAGGGACAGAAGAAGCUGGUAGGACAGUGUGCUGUACUGAAAAGAGACGGACGUUUGGUUUAUUAUCUGAUCACAAAGAAGAAGGCAAGCCAAAAACCAACCUAUGACAGUUUAAGACAUAGCUUGGAGGACAUGAAAGUGCACUGUAUCAAAAACGGAGUCACACGAAUUUCAAUGCCUCGUAUUGGCUGUGGUCUGGAUCGGUUGAAUUGGGAAAGAGUUUCAGAGAUGUUGGAAGAGAUCUUUGAGUCCACAGACGUCUCCGUCACUGUCUACAGCCUUCCUGUGACUGCUGAAACCACGGUGAUGAAGGAACACAUGCGCAGAUGAUUAUCAAAAAUGUGCGCUAGUGGCAAUAGUUACUUUUUGCGCACGUUUGUUAGAUUGUACCUUUUUUUUUUAACAAUAUGUGGUUCUGACACAUGUCAUUGAAUAAUAAAGUGUCUUUUUCUUUUGCACACU